CUUGACCGAAGCCCACAUGCCCUGGGAGGGCACUUGGCUGUGGGGAGGCUGAGCAGCUGGCUGCAAGGAAAGCUGACGGGAUGUUCGAGAACUGCACAAAGAUCAACAUGCUGCCUGCUGUGAUUUCCCACCCGUCUUCACCAAAAGAAAGUGAAAGCCACGGGCUGGGACAGAUAAAUAGGCAGUGGAGAACACAGCAACAGAUCGCAGCAAGCUGUGCAGAGCUCACCUCUCCUGCCCGGAGCACCACCGUCUGCAGCCCCUCCUCUGCCUGACUCAGUGACACAAUGCAGCGGCUGCAUCUUCUUUGCCUUAGUCUCCUGGUGCAGAGAUGUAUCCUGAAUGUGUACGCUGGCAACAACGUCCUCGACUGCUGCCUGCGAACCAGCGAGAAGCCCAUCCCCCGGCGGAUAGUGCAGGACUACCGGAUGCAGCUGGUGCAGGAUGGCUGCGACAUCCCUGCCACCGUGUUCAUCACCGCGAGGGGAAAGCGGCUCUGUGCCCCACCCCAAGCUCCGUGGGUGCUGCACCUCCAAGAGAAGCUGGACGCUAGAUCUGCUGGGAAGGUCCCAAAUCAAGGCAAUUAAGCUAUGCAGAAACAUGUGCCCAGCCCCAGCACCCAGAGCAGCGCUGACUCCCAGCUGUGAAUCUGAAGCUUGUGAAGCCAUGAAACCUACCCUGCUUGUAUGCCCUGCUGUUGUGCACAGGACCAGCCCUCCUUGGGACUGGUGUCAGUGUGCAGUGCUGGGCACAGCACUUCUGUUCUUUCUUCUCCUUUCUGCCACUGUUGUGACUGAGAAAUGUGCAUCUGCCCAAGCCAUGGGCUGCUUGACAGGAGUCUUGGCCUCAAGGGUUCUCAGCAUCACCCCUGCCACUACUGAGGCUGAGGAGUUGAUUUGAUCUGCAGAUGAGUUUGUUGGGAUCUCAGCCUUCCUGUGGUCUCAUUUCCAUCACUGGUCUGUUCCCUUAGGUUUCCAACAUCAGCCUCAAGCCUGAGCCCUUCUAUAUCCCUGGGAAGGGCUGCUCAGUAAAGACUGUACAGGGAUGAAUGGGAGAGAUGGGGAUGUCCAUUGCCACCGUGCUGAUUCCAUGUUGUUCUCAGGGAACAGGUGGUACAGUUUCUCUCUUGAGCCCUCACUCCCUUGCAGCUUUCUCUCAGUUCACUAUCCUGACAGGUGGAGUGGAGUCAGGGCUGGCAUCUGGAACAGGCAAAGGUGCACUGGGGGAGAUGUCCCAUCCUGGCACUGCUGGGUGCUGUGGAACAACUGGUGUCCACUUGGCCAUGGCUUGGCCUGCAGGAUGCGAGUGGUGAUGGGUAUCACUCAGGGUUAUUGCCAUCCUUCUCGGUCCCUAAGCCUGCCACCAUCAUCAAAGAUUGCUCUUGGCAAUGAUGCAGGAGCAACAUUCACAGCGUGUUCAGGUAUUUGCUGCUAGUUCUCUUCAGUGCAAUAAUUACAGCAUUUAGCUGCUUCCUUCCUUCCUUUCUUCUUAAAAAAAAAAAAAAAA